AUGUCCGUGGUACAAUGUGAACAGCACCGUUGUAUUGGAUUUUCAGAAUAUGAAAUUUGAAAUUUAAAAUGUGUGUACUGAAUAAACUGGGAUAUUUAAACUACGAGCACUGCUAAGGGAAUGAAAAACAGAAUGUAGUAGUGAUUUGAAAGAUAAUUCUUAAUUUUGAGAUUAUAUGUUUUACCUUGAAGGAUUAUAUGUGUUAUAAUGGUUAUUUUGACACUAUGGAAUUUAAAGCCAACACUGGCUGAUGCCAUGGUUGUUCAUGAUCUAGAAACGACGUGCAAGCAGGGAACUGAAUAUUUAAUAACCAGAAUUCCAGCCAUAAAACUGCUGAAAUGACUGAAACGAUGAACAGACGGGCCUUCAACUUUCAAACGGUAUCCCAGGCCCAUCGUGAUGUCAUAGAUGAUCGAUACCGUGACCUCAGACGGCCAAGAAAAGUGCGAUUUUACGUAAAUGGUGACCGUUACUUCAAAGGAAAGAAGCUGUACAUAACGCCACAUCGUUAUUUUAAUUUUAAUGACCUUCUUAAUGAUCUUACGGGUAAACUUCCAUCGAACCUUAGUCUGCCGUAUGGUGUUCGGCAGAUUUUUACGCCAAGUAGCGGGCGUCGUGUAGUGGAUAUUGAGGAUCUUCAGGAUGGACAUGCGUAUGUUUGUGCUGGUUUUGAGGGUUAUAAACCAAUUAAAUAUGGCAAAGCGGAGCUGGAACCCUGGUCUGUAGCAGGCGAACCAAAAAAGCCCAUUCCGCCUGUUCCUUCAGAAAAUGCUCGCCAUCAUCAACAUGAUAACCUUGACAACGAACAGAACUACACUCAAGGGCCUAACUACCGACCUCGAAUGUAUGGCAAUGCCUUUCACCCAGGCCGAUUCUUUCAGGGGAAGGGAAUCGAAGGGGCCCAACACCAUCGGCGCCUUCCAGGCGCAUUUGGUCCAGCGAGUCGGAACAGUUACCUAGCGCACACUGGUGAAAGCACAGUUCCUCUGAAGCCUAAAGUGAUCACAAUUGUCAGGAAUGGACCUAAACCCAGAAACAAUGUUAAAAUCUUACUUAACAGAAGGAGUGUUCAAUCAUUUGAACAGCUUAUGGGUGAUAUUUCUGAAGCUUUUGGUCCAAAAUGGAAAACAAAUAAGGUCAGGAAGUUGUUCACAACUCGCGGUCGUGAAGUGCAGGGUGUGGCAGAUUUUUUCCGGGAUGAUGAUGUUUUUAUCGGUGUUGGCAAUGAGCCUCUGACGGAGCAUGAUGUUCAUGAAAUUAUUGAGGAAGUAUAUCCAGACAGCCCAUAUGCAAAGAAUAUUAUGAAAGACUUUGAAAGACAGAAAAGGAAGAAAUUAGCCCAAGUCAAAGAUCCUGUCAAAGACAUUGAUGCUGAUAAAAGGGAUAGUGGAUUUGGUGAAGGAAGUGAUGGAAGUAACAGAGACCCAGAUUCAGAGUUUGUUCUGUAUAAGGGUAGGCCGACAGAAAAAGGCAAGAGAAGGAAUGAGUAUCCUAGAGAUCUUGAGGUGGCCAUGAGAUUAGAUAAGGAAAAGGAAAAGGCAGCUCAUGAAGAAAAGGAUCGAGUAAGAAGACAAAGAAUGAAAAUGAUCGAUGCAGAGAGAAGAGCUCAAGAAGAAGAGAGUAGGAAGAAGAGACAAGUUCCUGAUGAUGGAAAAGUGGAAGAUCCAUUUAAGAAAAUGAAAGAGCAGAGAGAUAAGGAGAGGGAGGAGAUAAGGAAGCGAAAAGAUGAAGAAAGGAAAAAACAAGAAGAAGAUGACAAAACAAGAAGGGAUGAGGAACGACAAAGAAGAGAGAAGGAUAAAAUUGAUAGGGAACAGGCAGAAGCAGCUGCAAGAGAAAGACAAGCAGCAGCUGAAAAGGAACGAGCGGAGAGAGAAAGAGAAAAGGCAGAAAGAAGGGCAGCUCGAGACAAGGAAAAGGAACAAAAAGAACAAGAGGCUAGAGAAAAAGAAAGAGAACUGAAAGAGAAGGUAAAUGCUGAGAAACGUGAAAAACACCACAGUGAAAAACAAGAGAAGGAUGUGAAGGAAACAGAAUCAGAUAAGCAUGGAAAAGAACGAGGGCAUGGGGAAAAGGAUGAUAAAGUGAAGGAAGUUGUCACAGAAAGAGAAGACAAAAAUAGUGAAAAAAAUGACAAAAUUAUUGCUGACAAUAAAGAGAAAGAUAACAAGGAAGCUGAACGGAGAAAGAAAAAAACUGGUAAAAAUAGGAUUGUAAGAAAAACCAAGUUAGAAAGACAAAUUAGUAAUGAUAACCAUGUUUUAGCCAAAUAUGAGUUAGGACGGACAUUAGGGGAUGGCAAUUUUGCUAUAGUGCGUUUGUCGAAAAUGAAGGCUACUGGUGUUGAAUAUGCCAUGAAAGUCAUUGACAAACCUAAACUUAAAGGCAAAGAACACAUGGUUGAAAAUGAAAUUGAAAUUAUGAAGGAUUGUAACCAUCCUAAUAUUGUGAAAUUGUAUGAGGAAUAUGAGACAAGUGAUAAAAUAUAUCUUGUCAUGGAAUUAGUGAAGGGUGGAGACCUGUUUGACGCCAUCACUCAGAGUGUGAAGUUUGGGGAGGUGGACUCUGCACACAUGGUUAAAGACCUCUGUAGCGCCCUCUUCUACCUGCACUCCCGCAUCAUCGUACACAGGGACUUGAAGCCGGAAAACUUACUGGUGCACCGUAACAAGGACAUGACGAUAUCUCUGAAGCUUGCUGACUUUGGCCUGGCUAUGGAUGUGAAGGAGGCCAUAUACACGGUGUGCGGCACUCCAACCUAUGUGGCCCCAGAAAUCCUCUCAGAGAUUGGUUACGGUCUGGAGGUGGACAUGUGGGCGGUGGGCGUGAUCACGUACAUCCUGCUGUGUGGGUUCCCACCUUUCCGAAGCCCCGACCGCAACCAGACAGAGCUGUUUGAGUUCAUCAAGGCGGGAGAAUAUGAGUUCCUCAGUCCCUACUGGGACAACAUCUCCUCUAGUGCUAAGGAUCUGAUAGAGCAUCUCCUGGUUGUGGACAAGAAGCGACGUUACACUGCUAUCGACGUACUGUGCCAUCCCUGGAUCUUGUGUGGGGGCGACGUAUCGGGUAUGGAUGGGGCGCGCAUUGAGGAGCUGAAAAAGACGUCCCGGAAAGAGCUCGAGACUCAGGCCGCUCUCAAUCUCGAGUCUUAUCAGAAAAUGAAGGAGAAGCGUGCUUUAACAGGAUGAGUGGUGGCUAACAAUUUCGUUUAUACGUGGUUGUGACUCUUGGGACUAUGUGUGAGGCUUAACACAAACGUUAUAGAUUUUGUUACUUUGAUUAAAAAAAUUAUAUUUUUAAACCGUGAUCUUUGUUACUUAUAAGCAUUAAAGUAUUUUUGGACAACUGUUGUACGUUGUAAAUAGUCAGUAUUUUAAUAUGAGAAUACAUGAUUGUACUUGUAGAUAAAUGUUAAUAUGUUGUUGAUAAUGAUGUUUUGUUUUUAUAUCACUUUUGUUUUGUAGAGUUAUAGUAAAGAAACAAUGCUUUUUUUUGCGGGCAAUGAAACAUACCAAACAUUUAUUUUUUAUACACAGAAAUGAUGAAUCAUGUUUAGGAAGGUAUCUUUCAUUUCCUGCAGUUUAUGCACAUCAUUUUUAUAGUAAAUUGCUUUAAGGUCUCACCAUAUCCCGUCCUAUUUACAAAAAAAAUAGCUGCAUCUUAAAAUUGCACUUGCAAUGUGAGUGAUUUUGUUGUUGGUAACUAUACAGUUACGACCUGUUAACUCCUUUGUUAAUCAGGAAUGAUAGAUUGUAUGUUAUUAACUGAGAUAAAAAAUUUGUUUUGCACAAACCAAAGGUUAUCUUUGUUGUGGCUGGUACAUAGUGUAAAUGUAUGUCCAUUUAUUUUAACCUCCGUCCAUAUUAAAUUGUUGCAAAUUUUAUAGUUAUAUAUAUAUAUAUUUAAUUAUUAUUUUUUUACCAGAGUCGUUUAUUUUGACUUGUGUAGUUUGUUGUAUUUAUCACAUUUUCUCUGUUACAAACCAUUUCCUGUGUAAUUGUAUAGCUACAAUACUAAUCAUAAAAACAUGAUUGGGUUUGAGCAAUUAGUGUACAUAAUUCACAUGAUUUUUACAUGCAAAAUAUGAGUUUGUUUAUUUAAGCUCAAUUACAGGAACUCUAAUAGUUUGACAAUAAUAAUGAAGAAAAAAAAACUCACCUAAUUGUAAUAUUAUAAGACCUCUAUUAAUGGUGGUACUUUCGGCUUCAUUUUCAUUGUUCUCAUAGUUUAUAAGUUUUAUUAUUAAACAGUUGAUCCAUGGAAAGUACAGAUAUAGAUAUCCAUAUUGUGAUACAUUCUUUAAGUGUUGUUGUUUAAAACGUGAGCACUUUUCCUUAGUUUUUUCUUUGAUUUAAUUUGAAAUAUUAACUUUUUUCAUCUAUAGUGUUAGUCAAAUUGGACCAAAAUACGAGUAUUAUAUGACCAGCGUCAUGCAAUGAUGGAUCUUAUGCCAUAUUUGGCCAGCUUAGCUCCUUACUAGCCAGUGCAGUCUGGUCAGCAGCUACCCUUUUUGAUUAUCAGACCACAAAUCUUAGUGUGACUUUAUUGCACAUAGCUAGCUCCUCACUAGACUGCACUCAUACAUAGGCUAUGCUGUCUGCGUAUAACAUUAGACCCAUUUUAGCAUGAGGUCUGUGAUAGUUUUGUUCAUUUUGUUCUAAAAAAUUCAAGAAUGUUCUUCAAGCUAUUUAAAUUUUUCCUUUACUAAGUGUUUUCCAUUUGUUUUGCUUUGUUGUAUUUUUGUGCUAACUUGAAAAAGUGCUUUUAAGAAAUGAUUUCAAACGGAUGAUAAUUAUAUCAAACAAAUGUUUUCAUUCAUGGAAGUGUAAUUGUUUACAUUUCAGUGUUGGCCUACUUGAAAUUAAAUUAUCACAUUUAUCUCCCUUGUAUUGUUCAAUUAUCAAUUUUCUGUGAAGAAAUCAUGUACAAAUAUUUAAGAUUUUUUCUGCACUAUUAAUUUUUUGCAUGUUUUAUUUAUUGAAAAGAUAAAAUGUAAUGACAUUCAUUUAUAUAUUUUAUAUGUUACCUUUUAAAAUGAUAAAUUUAGCAUAGCAAAAUUAGCAUUGAUAGAGGGGAAUCAACAGUGUUUAGUCGAAUGAAAAAAAAAGGAACAUUGAAGCUGUAUUAAUAUGUUUUUUUUCCUAAUUCAAAAUGUUUGUGGCUUAUUUAAGAAACAGAAACACAUGUUCAGAUGUAUUAAAGUAGUAAAAAUGAAUUCAAUAAGUGAUAAGAGAAUGAUAAAAGUUUUACAUACUAUGCAUGGCCAGUAAAAACUUAUACAUAUGAUAUGAGAUGAGAACAUCAUAUUUUGUUGAAUUAUAAAAAAUCUAGAACAAAUAUUAUAUUUUCUACAAUGUUAGUACUUGCAUGUAGUGGUUUAAACAAAUAAACUUUGGUCCAAUCCCUUGUUCACUAAUGAAAGAAAUAUAAUAAACAUAUACUUUUUCAUAUGAUAUGACUGCUUGGGCGUGUUAUUAUGGUUUUAUUGUAUUUUUACUAUUCGCCCUACGAAGAAGGCAGCAAAUUGCAUUUGCACUGUCUACCUGUCCGUCUGAACAUUAGUGGGGUGUGUGUUAAAUUUUCUGCCACAAUCAUAUCCUAGAUAUAUAUUGAUUGAUUUUGAAAUAACUUGUCAACCAUCAUAAGGGUGGCAUGUAACACCCGUUUCCCUUCCUUUAAGGUCAAGGUCACACUUAGAGUUCUUAGGUCAAAGUUGGCAUUGAAUAGCGUCAUUUUGACAGAAGCUGAGUUUUGAGACAAAAGUGGAAAUUUGGGGGCAUCCUUUCACUAAAAACACAAGAAAUGUUUAUUAUCCAUAAUCAUGCUGAUUAUCCUUAUAAAAUGGUUCAUAAGCCAUUUACUUCGUAACAAAAUGUAUAUUUGCAUAUGGUUACUUACAUGAAUUUGUAAGAAAUAACAUGUAGUUGUUUUAAUUUGUAUGUUACUUGAUUGUUAAGCUUUUUGUGAUAUUUUAUUUAUUAUUGUUAUUUCCUACCAUUUCUGUGAUAUUUGACUAUUUUUAUACAAAGGGAAGUAACUGUAACAGACAGUUAAAAGUUGUACAAAGGGAGUUAAUUUUUGCAGGGAAUUUCCCAAAAUGUGAUGAGUGUUUACAAUAAUGUUUUGUGCUGUCGUUCGUAUUUUUUUCUCGUAGAGUGAGCGCACAAACAUGACUGUUUGUUUAAAAUGAUAUUUAUUUCAUAUAAAAGAUCUGUGUAUUACUCUAUUGACUUUUUACAUUUUUCAUGACACAGAUUUGAUCACUAACUUAAAAACUUAUAUUUGCAAGAAGAAUUUCUAUUAGCUUUUAAGAUUCUAAAUCUAAACUACUUAUCGGUUUAGGUUUAUAGUUAUGUCAUGACUGCAUUAUGUGAGGACUUAAAAUAUGUUGAGAACAUAAAACUGUUUCAUUAUUAAUCAAGACCAGCACUAUGUCUUUGUAAAGUGUUUACCUAUGGAGUGAUAUGUCAAAAGUUUGAGUCUCAUACUGGGUAGGAUCUCAUAGGGCUGGUUUCCUUCCCAUUAAAGGUUGUUUUGUAGCCUUUCUACCAUGCCCGUGAUAUGAUGAAGGACUAAUAUCUUGAUGGCCUUGAAUAUAAUGGGGUUAAAAUAUUAUCAAUAUCUAACAGGUCUUUACUUUCAUUAAAAAAAUUAGGACUGUAAUCUUCACCUUUUUUUAUGAAUAUUUCAUUUAAUCUCGAUGAUAUUUGUGUAAUUCAAUGUUAAUUUUAUAAAGAUUGGAAUAAUACUUUUUUAUGAUUGAUAUGAUUUCUUUGUAAUUUUAAAUUCAUUUUUAUCAGACAUAAUAUAGUAUUUAUCAUCAUUAAAUCUUGUUCCCUUUGUUAAUUUUACAUGUAUACAUUUUAAAUUGGCCAAAUUGUUUAAAUCAGUCAUACAGGGAAGUUAUAACACACACACACAUUUCAAAACUACUUUAUUGACGCACAAGUGUUUAUAAUUGGACAUUAAAUUUUGUGUGAUUGUACGAUUAACUUGUAGUUUCAUUAUUUAGCUUGAACACUUAAAUCUGUAGCACUUGACAAUGCUUUGUUUAAUUGGAUACUCAGAAACACGCGUAGGCUGCUCUAACAAUUAGUUUCAAUUUUAUUCUGUUCCUUGUUGAUAAUAUACCAAUAGUGUCAGUCAUGCAUUGUAAGAGGAAGCACUUCAGACUGGAUAGUAUCUGACAAUCCAAGAACACUUAAAUUAGUGUCUCAAAAUCCAAGAAAACUUAAAAUGUCCGUAUGAGAAUAAAACACAAAAAUGUAUAAUAUCUGUAAGUAUAAAUAAAGCAAUGUAAUGAUGAUAAAUGCAUGUCAAAGCAAAUAUAAACCUUUUUUUACGUUUUCUUCAAAGCAGAUUAUCCGUUAACGAAGGAAAAACAAGAUUAACGGUGAAAAAUAAAAUAACUUUUCUGCUGUACAACCGAAAACUCCUUCAUGUACACAAAGCGUGUAUUCUGUUGUGAAAUACAUGUCAUAUGUCUGUGCUUAUUCAUUCAUACAACACAUAGACAUAAUUUGUGUUCUUUAAGAUUAACAAGGACACGUGUUGGCAUCUGCGUUGCAGGUUAUGAAUUUGUUUAAUGAUACCAUAGUUGUAUCUAAUAUUCUUUGGUCAUAUUCAUAUGUCGGUUUAAGAUUGCAAAAUAAAAUGUUGACAUUGAAAUCAUAAAAACUGUAUACUAUGUUUAAGCCCCAAAUAAUAACAUAAUUGCAAACUUAUGAAUAAAUAUACAAUAAAUAAUACAUAAAUUAAAAAAAGGAUGCAUAAAACAUGUUAAUUUCUUUAGUUCUAUUUUUGCUGAAACCUUGUUCAUAGAAACACAAUAUAUUAAAUAUUACAGAAUAAUUGGCACAAUAUUAUGGUAUUCAUGCUUUAGUAAGAAAAAGGUACAUGUUAUUAACUAGUUGUAUUCAAAAUAUGGUGUUUAAGGAAAAAUAAGUUUCUGUUUUCACUAUUUUUCCUUUUUACUCUCUGUCAGCUUUGAAAUUUAUUUCAUGGCCUUAAAAGUGACACGCAAUAUCAAGACUUCCCAAAUCAUAGAUCGUUGAAUUGUCAACACUUAAGCUGACUAAUUACUCUUGAGCUAGGAGCUCUUGACUUUAAUCUUCGUUUUAUGUCUUGAUGACUUUAUUUGUGCACUCGUGCUGCUGUUGAUGUUGGUAAUUGUUGAUGUAGAAUCAUGUACUUCAGAAAUAAACUUCAUUAUCACAA